GUUAUGAAAUCAUCUAGUUGUUGUCUCGGCAAACCGAACCCGUUUAGAACACAGCACUGCUCGACUUAACUGACAAGACAUCACCGAGGAAUAAAACGACCUUGUGUCCUGGAAUGUGAUAUAAGACACUUACUAUUGUGACACGUUUUAAGCGCUGCUUGUGCCAUGGCCACCAACUCCAUCCACUGGUUCCGGAAGGGCCUGCGUCUCCAUGACAACCCUGCCCUGUUGGAGGCGGUGCGUGGCGUGGACUCGGUGCGCUGUGUCUACUUCCUGGACCCCUGGUUUGCCGGUUCCUCUAACCUUGGGGUCAACAGGUGGAGGUUCCUGCUGCAGAGCCUGGAGGACCUGGACGCCAGCCUGCGGAAGGUGAACUCUCGCCUGUUUGUGAUCCGGGGCCAGCCGGCCAACAUCUUCCCCAGCCUCUUCAAGGAGUGGAACAUCAACAGGCUGACGUUUGAGUGCGACUCGGAGCCCUUCGGGAAGGAGCGAGAUGCGGCCAUUAAGAAACUGGCCAGCGAGGCAGGAGUGGAGGUGAUCGUGAGGACCUCUCACUCUCUCUACGACCUCGACAAGGUGAUUGAGACGAACGGGGGCCACCCUCCCCUCACGUACAAGCGCUUCCAGAUGCUGGUGGCCUCCAUGCCCCCUCCUGAGCCCCCCGUAGAGCCCCUGUCCCUGGCCCUCAUGGGCCGCUGUGUCACCCCCGUCACCAAGGACCACAGGGACAAGUAUGGCGUGCCCCUGCUGGAGGAGCUAGGGUUCGACACUGAAGACUUGCUUCCAGCAGUGUGGCCAGGAGGAGAGACUGAAGCUCUGGUCAGGAUAGAGAAACAGCUGGCUCCUGAUCCCUCUGCUGCUCUGCAGGGGAAUGUGGAGGGUCCCAAGGAGCCCUCCAGCCCCCUGCUGUCUGGCUCCCUGGACCUCAGCCCCUACCUACGCUUUGGCUGUCUGUCCUGCCGCCUGCUCUACAGCAAGCUGGCCCACACCGACAAGAAGGUAAAGACCAAGCUGCUGUGGCGGGACUUCUUCUACACGGCCGCCACCAACAACCCCCGCUUCGACAAGAUGGAGGGCAACCCCGUCUGCAUCCGCAUCCCCUGGGACCGCAACCCAGAGGCGCUGGCCAAGUGGGCGGAGGCCAAGACGGGCUUCCCCUGGAUCGACGCCAUCAUGACCCAGCUGAGGCAGGAGGGCUGGAUCCACCCGCUGGCCCGCCACGCCGUCGCCUGCUUCCUCACCAGAGGAGACCUGUGGAUCAACUGGGAGGAGGGGAUGAAGGUGUUUGAGGAGCUGCUGCUGGACACAGACUGGAGCGUGAACGCAGGCAGCUGGAUGUGCCACUCCUGCAGCUCCUUCUUCCAGCCGUUCUUCCACUGCUACUGUCCCGUGGGCUUCGGACGGCGCAUGGACCCCAACGGGGACUACAUCAGACGUUACCUCCCUGUCCUGAAGGACUACCCGGCCAAGUUCAUCUACGACCCCUGGAACGCUCCGGUGGAGGUGCAGCGCGGGGCCCAGUGUGUGGUGGGGGUGGACUACCCCAAGCCCAUGGUCAACCACGCCGAAGUCAGCCGCCUCAACAUCGAACGCAUGAGGCAGAUCUACCAGCAGCUGUCGCGCUACAGAGGACUCAGCCUGCUAGCAGCCGUGCCGUCCGGCCCUGUGGAGGACUUGAACCUGAGCGGGAUGAGGCCUGCGUCGUGUCCCUCUGCUGACAGGAAGCAGCGCGGGAGCGGCAGCUGCCACGCUCAUAGAGAACAGAAAGAACAGCUGGUGUCCAGUGACUCAACAUUCCUUCCUGGACCAACACAGCAGCAGGGCUGCCAUAGGUCCAGUUCCCCGCUAGCAGGACUGACCAAUCAGGAGGAGAGUGGGAGUGGUCACGAGUUUGCUGUGCCUCAACAUCCUGGGCGCCAGGCUCGUUGGGCCGGGAGCGCUCCGGGGAAGAGGAGGCGGGAGGCGGAACAUGAGCGAGGCUCGGACGGCGGCUCGUCAUCCUUCAAGGUCCACCGACCAAACAAACAGAAAAUCACAGGUCAACUGAGGGAGAGGGUGACCACGUCUUCCUAAGUUCUUAAACAGACUGUAAAUACAUUGUUAAAAAGAAAUGUUUAAAUUUUUUAUUGUACAAAGAAGCAUCUAUUGCUGUUUAAGACAAAAUGACUUAACCUUGGUAUAUUUUUUAAUGAGUGUGAAAUCCAACCAAAUGUUUUCUAAAUUUGUUGAAAAUCACUGUUUAAAAUACCGUACAAUAAUGCGUUCCAUACAACUACAAACUGAAAUUCUCACCUGUAUGAUCUGCAAAAAAGAACACCAACAGAAUAUUACUAUAAAUGUUCUCUUAUGACUUACAUUGUUGACAUUCUAUAUGUCUGAAGGGUUGUUCAAAGACAGUACCUCUCACCGAAGUGUGUCGUGAGGUUUAACGAGGUUUAAGGUCUGUCAAGGCACAGGAAGCUGGGACACCUCUGGCUAGGACAAGGUGGACACAUGUCAACCUGUUCCUUCAGCUGCCAUAAGACAUGUCAUGUAAAACAGUUUGACUGCAGUUGAUAGGUCCAACAGUGUACAAUGUUGUAUUUUCUGAUCUAUUUUAGAUUUACUGAAAAGAAAACAAUGUCCACCUCUUAGGUCUUCUCUUGUCUCACACUCAGUCCUCACCUUGUUCCUAGUAGCAGUCACCAGUGUAGAAGUCUUCAUGUCAUAUUACUAAUAUGACAUCAAUUGUCUCCCACCAAUUAAGUUGUCUACUACAGUUUUAUAAUACUUUACUUAAAUUUAUUUUGUACCAAAAUUACUUUACCAAAGUAGACUUUGCUGUAAAUGACACUUUUUUAAACGCAUUUUUAAACACAUUUACAAUGUGUUUAUAUUGUAAAUAUUUUGUAUUUAUAUAUAAUUUUAUUGUAUUGCUUGUAUGUUUUUAUGCUCAAGUUAUGUAUAUAGUUGAAAUGCUAUUUCACCAGAAAAUAAAUGGAUGGAGCCUAAAUGUCUUCCAAAAG